UAUAUCUUGUGCGAACGCAUUUUCUUACAUUUACGGUUACCUAACUUCAUUCUAUAUUAUCAAUUGUCUAAUGUCUCCAUGCCAAUAUGUUAUGACAGUUUCGUGACAGUUGUGAAUGAAAGUUAUAACCAAAACAACGUUUAAAGAUCUGAAAUUGUUUUCAGUAUUUUUUUAAUUAAAAAUUACUCUAUAAAGUACAGGUGUAAACAUUUUUUUAACACAGGAAACAACAGAUAACAAGAUUGUGAUGUAUUUAUCAUGCAGUGCCAUUGUAAAUUAUGAUCAUACUAAUAAUGAUUACACAUAUUUUCACCAUCUCAGAGAUGAUAUCUAUCAGAGUUUUUAAAUUUGAGCGAAAACACAGUAAAUGGAGAUACCUAAAGUCAAUUUUUAGUUAACAGUUUAUUGGAAAUUAAAAUAGAAACAUUCCUGUGAGCUAAAUAUUUGUGCCAUAUUUUCAAGUAGUCUCUAUAUCUUCAUCAAUUUUAUUAAUAUUUAAAAUUAAAUACCUAAUCCUAAAACGGUCUACUGAAAUUUUAUUUAAUUAUUCACUGCCUGAUCAAUAUCAGAGUAAACCAAAGUCAAUAACUACAGCAUAUUUAUAAAGAAGUACUUUCUGUGUGUAAUCAAAAUGAAAUCCAAAGUGAGCGAUCUUACACUUCCAUUGUUAAAAUCAAACAAAGAAGGAUAUGAUUUUGAGCCUCUGAUACCAAGAAGAUAUCGUGUAGGUCUUAAUCGACGUUUUAAUAUCUCACUUACAAGAAGUUCUUGUUUCACUUUUACACCCAAACAUUUUAAAAAAUGGAUUAUUGCUAUUAUAAUUUUGAGUAUUGCUUCGAUGGUAUAUUUCUAUCAAAUUAUAAAUUUGCAGUUUAAGAGCUAUACUGAUACUGUGCCACCUAGAUUAGAUGUUCAGUGUAAUUCGAUAAAUGGUCCAAGAUUGUUCCAAAGUCACAAUCACAAGACUUCAGCUCGUUUACGAAUUGACCCUAGAGUUUUAGUGUUUGUGGAAACAAUGUAUUCAAAACUAGGUCGAGACAUUGCAGAACUAUUAGUUUAUACUAGAAUAAAAUAUAAACUUGAAGUUUCUGGCAAAAGUUUGCCAGUUCUGACCAAUUUAGACAAAGGAAAAUAUGGAGUGAUAGUUUUUGAAAAUUUUGAUAGAUAUUUGCAAAUGGACAAGUGGAAUAGAGAACUUUUAGACAAAUAUUGCAAAGAGUAUAAUGUAGGAAUUAUAGGCUUUAUAAACCCGCCCAGAGAAGAGACUCUAGUUGGGGAUCAACUAAAAGGAUUUCCAAUUUUCAUUCACACAAACUUAAGACUGAAGGAUGCAGCAUUAAAUGCAGCUUCUGAGAUUCUACGUUUAACUAGAGCAGGUGAAACAGUGUCUGGAUCAUUACCAGGUGAUGGCUGGACAAUUUUCAAACCAAAUCAUUCAACUUAUGAACCUCUGGAGUGGGCUCAUAGGGACGAAAGGCAGCAUUUUGGAGAUAUCAUCAAAACUCCUUUACCAACAGUUGUUCAAGACAAAGGGCUCUACGAUGACAUUAAGAGGGUAAUAUUCGGUUCAGGUCUGAAAUUUUGGUUACAUAGGCUGCUGUUUUUGGAUUCUUUGAGUUAUUUAAGUCAUGGUCAGCUGUCAUUGUCCCUCGAACGGUACAUUUUGAUAGAUGUUGAUGAUAUAUUUGUUGGCGAAGAAGGUACGAGAAUGCGUCCAAGUGACGUGGAGGACAUGAUCAAAGCUCAGGAAGAGAUUCAGAAAAUGGUCCCCGGUUUUCGCUUUAAUUUAGGCUAUUCAGGGAAAUAUUUUCAUCAUGGAAACAGUGAAGAGGAUACAGGAGAUGAUAAAAUACUAGAAAAUGUUGAUAAGUUUAUGUGGUUUUCACAUAUGUGGAAUCAUCAACAGCCGCACUUGUACGACAAUUUGACGCAGUUGGUUGAUGAUAUGUCGCAGAAUAAGAAAUUUGCAAUUGAAAAAGGCAUUCCAAUUGAUUCUGGUUACUCAGUUUCUCCUCACCAUUCAGGAGUUUACCCUGUUCACGAAAUUUUGUACACAGCGUGGAAGAAAGUUUGGAAUAUCCGCGUAACUUCAACUGAGGAAUAUCCUCAUUUGCGUCCAGCAAGAUUACGAAGAGGUUUUAUUCAUAGGAACAUAAUGGUGCUUCCUCGCCAAACGUGCGGGUUAUUUACCCAUACCAUUGUGCUAAAGAGAUAUCCUGGUGGAAAAGAAAAAUUGGACGAAUCAAUUUUGGGAGGAGAAUUGUUCCAAACUGUGGUAUACAAUCCUAUUAAUAUAUUUAUGACCCACAUGUCCAAUUAUGGCAAUGAUCAGUUAGCACUGUAUACGUUUAAAGCCGUAAUCAAAUUUUUAAAGUGUUGGACUAACAUCACUUUAAAAACUGCGCCUCCUCUCCAACUGGCCGAAAUGUAUUUUAAAUUGUUUAAAGAGGAGGCUGAUCCUAUUUGGGGGAAUCCUUGUGAUGAUCCUAGACAUAAAAAAAUUUGGUCUCGAACUAAAUCGUGCGAUUCAAUUCCGAAGUUUUUAGUGAUCGGUCCACAAAAGACUGGAACCACUGCUCUUUACUCAUUUUUGGCUAUGCAUCCCACCAUAGCUAGUAACUUACCUAGUCCUGACACGUUUGAAGAAAUACAGUUCUUUAACGCAAACAACUACUAUAAAGGCCUAGACUGGUACAUGAAUUUCUUCCCUGUUGAUCCCAACUCGACAAACAGGUUCUUUUUCGAGAAAAGCGCCACUUAUUUUGACGGAGAUCUCGUUCCUAAACGUGUACAGUCUCUUUUACCUCACGCAAAACUUGUUACCAUUCUUAUAUCUCCAGCUAGGCGGGCAUAUUCAUGGUACCAGCACACUAAAGCCCAUGGUGAUGUUAUCGCCAAUAACUUCAGCUUUCACCAGGUCAUUACGGCCAACGAUACCGCUCCGAAACCCCUCCGAGACCUGAGGAAUCGAUGUUUAAAUCCGGGGAAGUAUGCGCAACACCUUGAGAGGUGGUUGUUGUAUUUUCCACAACAACAAAUCCACAUCAUCGAUGGAGAAGACUUAAAAUCAAAUCCUGUGAAUGUAAUGACUGAGAUUCAAAGGUUUUUAAAAAUUUCCCCCCCUUUUGACUACGCAAAUCAUUUAAAAUUUGAUCCUAAAAAAGGAUUCUAUUGUCAAGUUGUAAAUGGUGACCAUACAAAGUGUUUAGGAAGGAGUAAAGGUCGCCAAUAUCCACCCAUGGAAGAGAAGUCGAUGAAAUUUUUACAGAGGUACUAUUUAAGUCAUAAUACAGCUCUAGUAAAGUUGAUGAAGAAAAUAGGAAUAAGGAAUAUACCACAGUGGUUAAAAGACGAUCUUUCGGAUUCACCAACGUAAGCUUACAACAAUUAGUCUUACAAAAAGGUAAAAAUGUAUUUACAAUUAUUGAUGGAAAUAUGAGGAAGGUGAUUAUUAUUUUGUAGUAAUAAGAAUAAAUGAUUAUGUAAUUUUGAUAAAAAUUUGGUAGUUUAACAGCUUUAAAAAAAAUUAAUAAAACUAAAAGUAAUUUUCUGCUGAAAGAUACCAAAUUUGUUUAAUGUUGUUCUGUGUACAUUAAUUUUCAAAAUGUUUUCAUUAUGUUUAUCUUCCCUUUGGACUUAUAAAAGUUCAGGUGGGGUGUUUUCCUAGGGACUAAUGUUUAAUUUUUGAGAUCUGGGACCAAAUGAAAAAAAAUUGCAACAUUUGUUGUUACCACCCUUUCCCUUUGUUAUUUUUGCAUAUCUGGCAAAAACAUGCAGGGUAUCUACGUAUAUAACGUGUUUCUAUCUUCCUGUACAAUGCAAGUUUCUUAUUAUUUCGCGUAAACGUAUGAUAAACAAAAAAAGAUAUAGAACUAAUUGUAUAAUAUUAUGCCAUACAAUUUUUCAUAUCAAUGUAAAAGGUGUAUUUAUUAAAAGUUGUGGUAAAUGUUAAAAAGAGGACAAUUUUCACAUUGUACUAUAAUAUACAUACAUAUAUAAAUAUAUUACAGCAACUGGCAAUUUAUUAAUCAAAUUUUAAAUACAUUAUAUACUGUGUUUGUAAAUACUCUAUUUAUGUAGUAUUAUACGUAAAAUGUUGACAAUAAAGUAGAUUGACGUAAAAAAGUUCGUUUAAACAAAUAUGUAAUAAUGACAAAAAAUUAUAUUGAUCUACUAAGUUAGAAGUUGAAAAACUCGUCAACAAUUUAAAAGUAAAAAAAAUGUCCGAUAAGUAAGAUUAUCCAUUGAUUCAAUCUAAAUUUUUAUAAAUCAACACCGUG